AUGUCUCCAACUCAACUCUCUCCUGAGGAGAGAGAACUGGGUUAUUGCACAAAGGUUCCUCGCAAUUCAAACAUGGAGAAAUUGCGAGAUGGGUAUUUAUUUCAAGAGAUUCGUAGAAGGGAGGAAGAACAUAGGAAGAAGUACCCAACAGCAAAUGUGAUAACCCUCGGAGUUGGGGAUACUACUCAGCCUAUUCCACAAAUCAUUACCUCUUCUAUGGUUCAGAAAGCUUGUGCUCUCUCAACGGAUGAAGGCUAUAGUGGUUAUGGACCUGAACAAGGCGAAAAGGUAAUGUAUCGCAGUGUUUUUUUUUCUUUCCUACCAAUCCUAUUCUUUAUUUCAAGAUUUUAAGUCAAUCCAUAUGUAUAACUGCAGGCACUAAGACAGGCUAUAGCAGAUAAGUUAUACACACAUGUAGAAGUGAAAGGUGAUGAAGUUUUUGUGUCAGAUGGUGCACAAUGUGACAUUUCUCGCCUUCAGCUACUUAUGGGAUCUAAUUUAACGAUAGCUGUUCAAGACCCCUCAUUUCCGGCAUAUAUUGAUACAGGUGUGCUAAUAGGACAGACUGGUGAGUUCCAUGAAAAAACUAGGAAGUACAAGAACAUAGAGUACAUGAAAUGUGGACCUGAAAAUGAUUUCUUUCCGGACUUAUCAAUUACUCCAAGGACAGAUAUAAUUUUCUUAUGCUCACCAAACAAUCCAACUGGUCAUGCGGCAACAAGGAAACAAUUACAACAACUUGUAGAGUUUGCAACAAAAAAUGGAUCAAUUAUUAUCUAUGAUUCUGCCUAUACUGCUUAUAUCUCUGAUGAUAGCCCAAGAACUAUUUUUGAAAUUCCUGGAGCCAAAGAGGUUGCAAUUGAAGUGUCCACUUUUUCCAAAUUCGCGGGAUUUACCGGAGUUCGUCUAGGUUGGACAGUGAUUCCUAAGGAGCUGAAAUAUGCAAAUGGAUUUCCUGUCAUUAAUGAUUAUAAUCGCAUUGUUUGCACAUGCUUUAAUGGUGCAUCAAAUAUUGUUCAAGCCGGUGGACUAACAUGUCUUUCACAAGAAGGCUAUAUGGCCUUGUGCAGUGUGAUAGACAACUACAGAGAGAAUGCGAAAAUCUUGAUUGAUACACUGACUUCACUUGGAUUGAAGGUAUAUGGUGGCAAAAAUGCACCUUAUGUUUGGGUGAAAUUCCCAGGUUCAUCAAGUUCUUGGGAUGUAUUUACUGAGAUACUUGAGAAAACCCACAUAGUUACGGUUCCAGGCGCUGGAUUUGGUCCCGGCGGUGAAGGGUUUAUUAGAAUAAGUGCUUUUGGUAAUAGAGAAGUUAUCCUUGAAGCCUCCAAGAGACUCAAAACUCUCUUUAAAUGA